AUGUUGGAGGAACAACAGGCCAUCUCGCGGGGCGCCCAAUCUGACCGUGCCUACCGCCAACUCUCUACCGAGGUGCUCUGUAUUCUGAAUCGUGACGAGGAUUGGCCUACCGAGUGCGCGCUGGUGGAAAUCUUCAAUCCCACCAGGAACAGUUGGCAGAAAUUCCGCAACAUGCCUUUCUCUAGAGAUGCAACGACUGUCAUCUUAAACAGUAAGUACCCCGAACUCCCCUAG